GUGUGCAUGACGCUCCUGGAGUUCAAGGCAAAUCCGCUGGAAUUGGACACUGAGGGCGUGACACCAGUCCACUACGCCUCCUGCUCCGAGGCGUGCUGGCCGGUGUUUGCCGCGGCGGGGUGCGAGCGCGUGUCCAAGCCCGAGCUGGUGAGCAAGGGGGUCCUGCGGAAGGCCAGCUCCGCGCUGGAGGCGCAGCUGGCGCUCGAGGCCCAGCAGGCGCGGGAGAUGAACGAGGAGCCCGGCAGACGAGGACUCGUCCAGGAGUACACGAG